AUGGACUAUGGAGCUAUGUGUCGCUUCUGCCGGGAGGAGUGCAAGGUUGAAGUUCAUCCGGAGUCCAUCCACACCGCGAGGCUGAAGCAGAGUGACUGCUUCCGGCGCUUCCAAGCAUUCUUCAGUGGGCAGCACGAUUUCUUCUUUGUGGCUGUUCAGGGCGAAAGUGCAGAUGGCAAGCUGCAACUACAUGACGGCACAGUAUCUUGUGAAGAUGUCCUGCAGCUCUGGAGGAAUAGGAGGAGGCUAGCCCUCCCACCCGCCAUUCUGUUCCUGCUUCUGGACUUCUGCCACAGUGGAGCUUGGGUAGAUGUCUGUAAAAGACAAGCACCAGAGCCGGAGGUCUUCGUUCAAGCAGCUUGCUCUGCAGGUGGCGCGACACCCGACAACUACGAGGGGUCAUUUACCCAGAAAUGGAUUAAGGCACAGCGUGAGAAGAAGUUUAAGCUGACGAGGAUUCCAUGCCUUCAAUUAUGGAAUCCCUGCUAUCAUGCGCCGGCUGGGGCUGGCUUGCCUGAGUUUGGCAAGUGCUCCAUCCUCCUUGUGGGAAGUGAUACGGCGGCACAACAGCAUGUAGCGCUGGUUUCGCAUGGUGUGUCCAAGGUGGAUGGCAGCUCCUUCCUCAAAGAUGGCAGCAGUCUUUUCAACCUCCAUGUGAGCACCAUGAACCUUUACAGCAGUUCCCAGUUCCAGUCCUGCAGCAAGUUCCAGGAUGCAGCAGAGGCUAUGCGAACUGCACGCAAAACUGCUACUUCUGUAAAACGGGUAGAAGUUGCGUUGCUGUUCCAUUUGGAAGACUACUAUAUCUUCUGGAGGUAUGGUGAUCACGAGCAGAUGUGGCAGGCACUUGACAUGGUCGCGAAAAUGACUCGGAGCUGCACCACUGAAAAUGCGGCAGCGAUUCGAGCAUUGGCAUUGGCUUGGAAGAGCUGUAAAUGUUUGGGACGUUUACAGCUGCAGCACAGCAGGUCCAUGUUUGAGCAGGCUACGGAGGCUCUGUCUGAGAUGAUUGCCAUCUACGAUCAGGCUAGUCUAAGCAACGUGGUCUGUGCUGAAGUCACAAUGGCUCUCGGCUUCUGGAACGAAUGGAGGGCGCAGCAGUAUGGGCAGCCUGAACCUGAUGCAUGGCCCCGGGCCAAGAUGCUCCUUUCGCGGACACUGGAGCACUACGGCCAUUGUGGCUUUCUGGAGGAGCUGGCUAACGAUGGUCUGAAGCUGUGCGGGAUUCAGCUACAGAUGGACGUUGCCGACAAGCACGCGACCCCUUACGAAGUGCUGGUUACUGAAGCUCAGACCUUGAUCCGAGGACACCUGCUUACAGUGCAGCGCAAAGGUUUAGAACGCUUCAGUGAAAGAAGCAGCAUAAGAUGCCUCGCAACGUUGAUUCAAGCAUGCUGCCCGCGCCCUUCCGAGAAGGAGAAGGGCCUUGGCUUGCUGGUGGUAAGUCAGCUCGCGCCGGCAGCGAUGUUGUUGCACUGCUACAUGGCUCAUGGGCAUAGAGAGGACCAACUUGUGGACGAAUUCUCUCAAGCUCGGAUGAUGACGUCUGUCGGCUGUCGAAUCAUGUUCUUCUUGGACGCAAGCAGCUUGCCCAGCUUGGAGCCGUUCAUGUGGUAUGCACCUUACUUACACAAAUCCGCACGUUGA